CCGUAUCCUAUUAUAAAGGCCUGCCCUCGAUCAUUCUGCCACUGCCAUCGCGCGCUGAGCGAUGCAAAUUCACAGUGCGUCCGAUCGGCAACACGCUUCAGGAUCUGAUGGACGCGAUCCGGAACGAAGAUCAUGGGGUGGAUUUCCUUGUAGCACAUACCUUAGAGGGCUACCGUAUCGCCGGCAACACAAGCAUCGAGCUUUUGCUGCAGAGUCCCUUCAAUCUCACAGUCAAUAACACUGUAUACAAAGUGGAACCUCCUGAAACGCAGGCGAAGCUCUCCUCAGAGGAAGAGGAGUCGCUCGCAGAUGUGAAAAAACUCGUCAAUCGUCUGUUCGAGAAUCUGACUGUGUCAGAGCAUCAACUUGAACAGGAAAGGAAAAUUCUGGAGAAGAUCGAGCAAAUACAAUUUGAAGUGGGACCUCUGGAGAAAUUGAAAGAUGAGGUUGCCCGUCAGUCUCAGCGCCGGACCACCAUAAUCGGCUGGACUGGCCUGGGUCUCAUGGGAGUACAGUUCGGUGUACUCUCUCGUCUCACGUGGUGGGAGUACUCCUGGGACAUAAUGGAGCCUGUAACAUACUUCGUUACAUACGGUACUAGCAUGGCCGCCUAUGCGUACUUCAUGGUGACGAAACAAGAUUACUACCUGCCCGACGUGAGAGAUCGUGAAUUCCUGAAAGCCUUUUGGAAAGGGGCGAAACACCGCGGUUUGGAUCUUGAACGAUACAAUGAGCUUCGGAAUAGUCUAGCAGAGUGCCAAGAAGAGCUAAGACGCCUACGCGAUCCGUUACAAAAGCAUUUGCCACUAAGAGAGAUUUGCGACGAUUGUGUGCUGCAUAAGGGACUCGAAGAAAAGAGAAGGAAAGACGAAUACUAGAAAUAUUCCUGGCGAUGAUUAAUUUGUUUGUUAUAGAGCCUUUAAAGAAUACUUAUCGGCUUGCGGGCGAAGGGUGUGUCGUCCGCCCAUCACCCGCGAUGAAAGUUAUUCCCAAGUUCGUAUGCAACCCGUUGGCUCGAGGCUGCAAUCCUGAUCACGGCGUCGGUCAGGACGAACUGCUAUCCCCAGUACCCGAACUCAUAGCAAGUUUCUGGACCGGCUAGAGGUCUCUGAGAUUCUUCAUUCGUCCGGAAACCCCGGUUUCUCGUAGUUGAGCCCGAUGCUCUGAUGAUCCCAUAAUGCUUAAAGCCUCCACCCGACGUCGGAUAAUCAUGAGCUUGAGAGAAAACGUUAUCAUCAGAGAGCCAACCGACGAGCGGAGAAAGAUUUAAUUUUGCCAAGGUGGGCGGCAAAACUACAUUCGUAGGCGGGUCGAAACCCUCGUUCAAACAAGCCUAGAUUCCACCGAUUGAUGCACAUUCGACGAUCCAAUCUCUCUAAGGCAAAUGCUUCUGGGCGGUCGAUAAUGCCUUCAUCAGAAUAAAACGAUCCAAAGAGAAA